CCACUUGCAGAACGCAGCAAGCAAAACCUUUUCUUCAUCAAACACAAGCCUUAUUCCAAGAAGCCCCUAAUGGUCUCGUGAAGAGACCACUCUUCCAUGGGAGAUUCUGUUUAUUCUAAUUGAACCUGAAAUUUCUUUUUUCCUUUUCCCUACUAUUGUUCAGAAAAGUUUAGAUUUUUUUAAGAUUAUUGACCUUUUUAAUGGAAAUGGCACUUGAAACCUCAGUUCUCAGCCGACCAACUUUCUUUUCUUCAACAAAGUCUUCAUCUUUCAGGAUUUUAAAUCGAAAUUUUAAGUACCCAUCAAAGUUUUUAUCUAAAACUAAUCACUACCCAGCUCCCAUUAUCUCAAGCUUUCCCAAUUCCCAUGUCGCUAAAGCCUUUGGAUUUCCAAACACGGGUACUUUUGGAAGUCAAGCACGUUUGGGGUCGUUCAUUGAAGAAAAGGAAGAACUGGGAAGUUAUCAGAGCUUGAUUUUUGUGAAAAGAGGAAUUUUGGUGGCAAUGGUUUGUGGUGUAUUAGCAUUUGGUUGCAAAAGAGUGUUUGCAGUAGAUGGAGUGGUUAAUGCCGGCUAUGGAGUGAUUGGGCAGUCCAUAUUGCUGUUGAAGAAUACUUGGCCAAAGCUAUCUAUGCUUAUUAAAGUUUUCAAGGAGCAAGGUUUGGUUUUGACAGCGCUUUUGGGUCUGUCUGCCUUCUUCUCAAUGGCAGAGACUGCUAUAACUACACUAUGGCCUUGGAAGGUACGCGAGCUGGCCGAAAAAGAUUCUGAAGAUGGUGUAUUCAAGAUGCUUCGUAGUGAUGUAACUCGGUUUCUCACAACCAUUCUUAUUGGAACCACUGUGGUUAAUAUUGGAGCAACUGCUUUAGUCACAGAUGCUGCAACAGCAAUAUUUGGGGAAGCUGGUGUUAGUGCAGCAACUGGAGUAAUGAGUGUUGCCAUAUUGCUUCUCACUGAAAUCACUCCAAAGAGUAUAGCUGUUCACAAUCCCACAGAAGUUGCCAGAUUUGUGGUCAGGCCAGUGGCAUGGCUUUCUGUAAUACUAUAUCCAGUGGGACGAGUUGUCACAUAUUUAUCAAUGGGAAUGCUCAAAAUUUUUGGUCUAAAAGGAAAAAGUGAACCUUAUGUUACUGAAGAUGAAUUGAAGCUAAUGUUACGAGGAGCAGAACUCAGUGGGGCAAUAGAGGAGGAGGAGCAGGAUAUGAUCGAAAAUGUGUUAGAGAUAAAAGAUACUCAUGUUAGAGCGGUGAUGACACCUCUUGUUGAUGUAGUUGUAAUUGAUGCAAGCUCAACUCUUGUUGAUUUCCACGAUUUGUGGUUGACUCAUCAAUAUUCAAGGGUGCCUGUUUUUGAGCAGCGUGUUGACAAUAUAGUGGGUAUUGCAUAUGCUAUGGAUCUACUAGAUUCUGUUCCAAAGGGUGGACUGCUAGAAAGUACUACUGUGGGGGAUAUGGCUCACAAGCCUGCAUUUUUUGUGCCUGAUUCAAUGCUAGUCUGGAAUCUUCUUAGAGAGUUCCGCAUUAGGAAGGUUCACAUAGCUGUUGUUCUUAAUGAAUAUGGUGGAACAGUUGGAAUAGUCACCUUAGAAGAUGUGGUUGAGGAGAUUGUUGGUGAAAUUUUUGAUGAAAAUGAUUCAAACGAGGAGAUCCAGAAGAAAACUGGCUACAUUGUGAUGCGAGCAGAGGGAAUCUUUGAUGUUGAUGCUAAUACAUCUAUUGAUCAACUUUCUGAAGAUCUAAAUAUCAAAAUGUCCGAAGAACAUCAAUAUGAGACAGUGUCUGGUUUUGUCUGCGAAGCAUUUGGUUAUAUACCAAGGACAGGUGAGAGUAUUAAGGCAGUCCUUGAAAAGGAAAAUGAAGAAGAAGAUGAUGAGAAUUCUGAAGAUGGAUCUGAUCAACAAGAUCUGAAGGAAAGGCAUCAAAUAUAUAAACUUGAGAUAUUAGCAGGAAAUGCCCGGAAAGUUAGUGCCGUUCGAUUUGAGCGGAUAAACAAUGAAGUAGAACUAUUACAUGCCACAGCAGUAACUCCGAUUAUUCCGAAAAUCAUAAAGAGGAAAUGGAGCAGUGAUGAAGACCCAAAUAGUGGUAACUAUGAUGAAGAUAGAUUAAAAAAGAGGCAAGAGGAAGAAAUAUCAGAUCAUUAUGUAAUUGCUGACUAUAAAGAGGAUACUGAUAGUCCCAAUGAACAGUAGUUAAUAAUAAACCAUUUGUCAAUAAUUUCCCCCUGAACACCCUCCUCUUCCCCUUCCCCAUUUCUUACACCUCAACAAGAAGAGGUAAAGGUUUGAAAAACGGGACGAAAAAAAGAAAAGAAAAGAAGACUAACAUUGUACAAUUUUUCACAGAUGAAGUGAAGUGUCAACAUCUGAAUCAUUAAA